AGCACUGAGCAGGAGCAGGUGUAAGAAGGAAUCUGUGCUGAGGGGACUGCCAUUAACGGAGAGACCCCAGCAUACACAGUUUCCCUUACAUAGGUAAAAAAUAAAGGAGACACGAAUCUGUUAUUUUUUUGUAUCCUUUACAUUCAAAGUAAAUCUUAUUAAGAAGCAGCAAAGCCUUGUCUGCUAAUUUAGGAAAAGGAUUGAAAGAUCUUAUAAGGUAGAACAAGACUAACACAGGAGAAGAUAUCUUUGGAGUAACUGGCCAACAAAGAUUCACAGCCUUAACCUGCAGACUUGAAAACAGCCUUUACAAAUUAUAAGAGACUUCUGUAUUCAGGGAGAUAUUUUCAUCCUUGGAAAGAAGAAUCCAGUGAUGGGUAAUACAAGCAGCUCAACUGUGGAUGACCUGCAGGCAGUGGAAAUCCACCACUGGUACAAGAAGUUCAUGAUAGAAUGUCCCUCUGGUCAGCUCACACUGCAUGAGUUCAAACAGUUUUUUGGCCUACGUGGGCUAAGUGGAGAUGCCAACAGCUACAUAGAACAAAUGUUCCGCACCUUUGACAUGAACAAGGAUGGGUACAUUGAUUUCAUGGAAUAUGUUGCUGCUCUCAGUCUGGUCCUUCGUGGAAAGAUCGAACAAAAGCUGCGCUGGUAUUUCAAGCUUUAUGAUGUGGAUGGGAAUGGAUGUAUUGACCGUCAUGAAUUGCUGAAUAUCAUCAAGGCAGUACGUGCAAUCAAUGGAUGUGAUCAUGAUACUACUCCUGAAGAAUUCACCAAUCGUGUGUUUGACAAAAUUGAUAUCAAUGGAGAUGGGGAGCUGUCACUGGAAGAGUUUGUUGAGGGUGCUCGGAAGGAUGACGAAUUUAUGGAUGUUAUGAUGAAAAGCUUGGACCUGACUCACAUAAUGACCAUGAUUAAUAAUCGGAGGCAUAGUGUGUGAUAUAAAGGUGGCAGCCAGUGCCACUGGGUGUGCAGGCAGAAGAGCAAAAAGGGGUGCGGAGUGUACUUAAGUAUGCUUGAGAAGAUGUCACCAUGGAUUAUGUAUAAUAAGGAAACAUUUUUCAUAACACAAGGAGGACAUAGCGGAAGAUGGGGAGGAAGGGAAAACAAGUGAUAGAGUUGGAGGAACAAUGACUUACAUAUUAAGAACUAAGAGAAUUCAAGAAAUAAAACUGUGGACAGAAGGUGGAUUCUAGAAAUGAUAUGCAUAGGUAAUACAUUCACAGCAAAUCAAACAAGUAUAAUCCUUUAUGGGUUGCAUUACUAUGUAUGUAAUAUUAUUGAUAGUUAAUAUGUUAUUCUUGGCUUAGUGGAUAUAUUACUACAAGAACCGCUCCUAAAGAGUGCCUAGAUAAAGAUCCAGUACUUGCAGAAAUAUGAAUAAGGAGAAGUAUUGGAACCAUGGAGUAUGUUUGAGUAUAACUUUAUGUGAUGCGGGCCCUCCUGUGAUGUAGGGUACAUGACAUCACAUGAUGUAACUAAGCCAAGAUAUAUUGUAUAAUUUGAGAACUAAUUGAAUGUAAUGUAAAUAUGUA